GCUCACCUCUGCCCUGGCAAGCUCAGAUGCUUUGGAGAGCCCAGCACAUGCUCUGGAUGUGUCGGGACUGAGUCACCCCAGACUGGCAGUGACCCUCGAAGCCCAGGCCUCGGCUGCCGCCCACCUGAGAAUCAGGGCUGGAGUUGCUGUGGCCUCUUGGGAUCUCAGGAACCCCAUCUUUGAGCCCUGCCCCACGGCCCCGCCCCUCCCAAGGAGGGAAAAGGCGGCUGCCGGUGGCUCGACUCAGGCACUGGGACCUGGAGCUCAGAGGACCCAGAGGACAGACGCCGCUGCUGCCACUGCAGGUGACUGGGCCAUGGACCCCCACGAGAUGGUUGUCAAGAACCCGUACGCCCACAUCAGCAUCCCCCGGGCCCAGCUGCGGCCUGACCUGGGGCAGCACCUGGAGACGGCUCCCUCCUGCUCCUCAGCCUCUGAGAUGCAGCCUCCGCCCGGGGCGCCCGGCCCCCUGCAGCCCACCUGCCUCCCACAGCCCUCCGAGGAGUGGGCUGUGGGCCUCAGGCAGGACCGGGACAUGCAGGCGGCUCCUGUCACAGGCAUCAGCCACUUUCUGCUGGGCUGGGGACGCCUCCCCAUCGGGCAGGCCGUGCACAGCCCGGGCCCCGUGGAGGCCUGGACACUGGCCGUGGGCCCAGGCUUCCUGGAGGAAGUGGCCUCGAGCAGGAAGGGGCCUGGGAGGAAGCGGGGCGCUCCCGUGGUGCUGGGCCCGCCUCCUCACUCGGCAGGGGCUGAGCUCGGGGUGCUGGGCCGUGUGGCACGAGCCCUGCCCCGGCUGGAGGAGGCCAGGACGCAGGGCAGGGAGUGA